GUCAGGACAUCGACCGACAAAUGCGGCGCAGCCUUCAGUCUGCCUAGUCGUCCACAGCUCAUAACCCGCGGAUUUACAAUCAACAAUUGACACAUAAUUCUGCCCAGGGAUACCUUUCUCUCCCAUCGGUAUAUUUUCUAAAUAUGAGGUGGUUUGUGUCUCCGACCAUGGUCUAGCUAACAUCUCCAAUCCGUGAAGCAGCAGCAGCCCGCUAGCACUGAGCCAAGAUGUCCAGUAGCUCGGGCUACCCCCCCAGCCAGGGGAGCUUCAGCAGCGAGCAGAGCCGGUACCCACCACAUUCUGUCCAGUACACCUUCUCUGGCACGCGCCACCAACAGGAUUUCACCGUCCCAGACUAUCGGACUCACAUGCAAGAUCCUCAGGGUCGGAGAAGACCAUCCUUACUGUCUGAAUUCCACCCUGGAACUGAAAGGCCUCCAGAGAGACGCCAUGGUUACGAACAGCAGUUUCACUCCAUCUCAGCUCAGUCUGAGCAUGAGGCCUUGGAGUCUAAACGCCCUCGCAUGGAGACUGUUGCGGAGUCCCACAUCACCCGCACCCCUCCCACAGCUGGGGGUAUUGUCCUGCCCUUAACCCAUUCAGUACAGGACAGUCUGAGAGCAACUGUGGAGGUAAAAAAGGAGUCUCAGUACACCGUCAAAGUGGAGUCCCCGUCCUCUGGUGGACCUACGCUACACAUGGGAGAUGAGCAGGACACUUCUCCUUCCAAACUAUCCAAGGAGGAGCUGAUCCAGAGUAUGGACCGUGUAGACAGAGAGAUUGCUAAAGUGGAGCAGCAGAUUUUCAAGCUGAAGAAAAAGCAGCAACAACUGGAGGAAGAAGCGGCAAAGCCAGUGGAGCCAGAAAAGCCAGUGACGCCUCCCCCAGUGGAGCACAAGCACCGCAGCAUAGUCCAGAUCAUCUACGACGAGAACAGGAAAAAAGCUGAAGAGGCCCAUAAAAUACUGGAAGGUCUUGGUCCUAAGGUUGAGCUGCCCCUGUACAACCAGCCAUCAGACACAAAGGUCUACCAUGACAACAUCAAGACCAAUCAAGUCAUGAGGAAGAAGCUGAUUUUGUUUUUCAAGAGGAGGAAUCACGCUCGUAAACAAAGGGAACAGAAGAUCUGCCAGCGCUAUGACCAGCUGAUGGAAGCGUGGGAGAAGAAGGUGGAGCGAAUGGAGAACAACCCCAGACGCAAAGCUAAGGAGAGCAGGACACGGGAGUACUAUGAAAGGCAGUUCCCUGAGAUCCGCAAGCAAAGAGAGCAACAGGAGCGCUUCCAGAGGGUUGGACAAAGAGGGACAGGCCUGUCUGCAACAAUUGCAAGAAGCGAGCAUGAGAUUUCUGAAAUCAUAGAUGGCCUUUCUGAGCAGGAGAACAACGAGAAACAGAUGAGACAGCUGUCAGUCAUCCCUCCCAUGAUGUACGACUCUGAGCAGAGGCGAGUGAAGUUUAUCAACAUGAACGGCCUGAUGGAUGACCCAAUGAAGGUGUACAAAGCCCGGCAGUUCAUGAAUGUUUGGACCGAACACGAAAAGGAGAUAUUUAAGGAAAAGUUUGUCCAACACCCCAAGAACUUUGGCCUGAUUGCCUCUUAUCUAGAGAGAAAGUGUGUUGCUGACUGUGUCCUUUACUACUACUUGACCAAAAAGAACCACAACUACAAGACGCUGGUGAGGCGAAACUAUGGAAGACGGAGAGGAAGGAACCAGCAAAUAACACGUCCCUCACAAGAAGACAAAUCAGACGAGAAAAACGAAGAGGAAAAAUCCGAGAAGUCUGAGAAAAAAGAGGACGAGGAAAAGAAGGACGAGGAAGAGAAAGAUGAAAAGGAGGAUUCUAGGGACAUUGGCAAGGACAAAGACAAGUGUGACGGUGGGGAGGACGAGGACGGAAAGGAGCAAAACACGCCGCGUGGCAGGAAGACUGCCAAUAGCCAGGGCCGCCGUAAGGGAAGGAUCACCACACGCUCCAUGGCCAAUGAGGCUGCAUCUGUGGCGGCUGAGGAGGCACCUCCCCCUGCCACUGAGCCUGCCCUGCCAGAUCCUCCACAGCUCCCUAAAUCUGAUCCAGCACAGAAGGCCAUGAAGGAGCCUGCAAAACUCCAGACUCCAAUAACUUCCAUGGAUGCCAAUAAAGCUGGUGCUGGUGAAACCGGAGAAACUUCUCGCUGGACCGAGGAGGAGAUGGAGGUCGCCAAAAAAGGGCUUGUUGAGCAUGGGCGAAACUGGACAGCCAUUGCCAAAAUGGUGGGCACCAAAAGCGAGGCACAGUGCAAGAACUUUUAUUUCAAUUACAAGAGACGUCACAACCUGGACAACCUGCUCCAGCAGCAUAAGCAGGACACACGGCGGGCUCGUGCUGAUAGGUCUCAAGGUGAAGGUCUAGCUACAGCAUCACCCGAUGAUGAUGACGAGGACAACGCAGAUGACAGUGAAGGCGGCGACAACAGCUCUGAUACAGAGAGUGCCCCCUCCCCCUCUCAGGCUGACUCCUCAAAGUCUGGUGACUCCAAGAGGGCAGACAGCGCUGCAGGAGAUGCUCAGUGCUCUGACCAGGACAAAGGUCAGGCCAGCAAUGGAAAGGCCCUGGAGCCCUCAUAUGGGGAACUCUGUGUCAAGGAAGAGAAAAGCCCAGAGAGUGAGACUGGAUCUCAGGAGGCAAGGGUGGGCGCCUAUGCAGGCCCGGUGCAUCCCAAAACAGAACCUCAGGAUAUGGACAUGAAGACAGGAGAGGUUCAAGUCAAGAUGGAGCCGGAGAUCAAGGAGAGAGGAGAAAAGGGAGAUCAUGGCGGCAGGGAGCUCCACUCAGAUAAUGACUCCAGCGCCACCUGCAGUGCUGAUGAGGAUGGGGAAGCGGAGCCUGAAAGGAGAAUAUUCUCCAUGGAAAAGCCUUCAUUGCUCAGCCCUCCAGGCUCUGUGCUGGUGUCUUCACCCAAGCAAACCCAACUCAACAUGCAGCAGCUGCACCAGCGGGCAGCUGCCAUCCCACCCAUGGUGCCUGGUCCUUUUGGCCCCGGUGGUGUGCCCAUCAGUGGCUUUGCCAUGUUGCAACACCAGAUCAAAGCAGCACAUGAGUCUGCGCACCAAGAGGAGAAGCAGAGGCAGGAUCAGGGAGACCUGGACCGUAGACCCCCCUUCAACACACGCAGCCCCACCAUACUAGACAGAGAUGGUAAGCCCUUAUCCUACUUGCCUUAUGACAUGAAGCUGGCUCUGGACCAGGAGGCCCACUCUGGUCGGCCAGGCUCUCCCUACAGACUCUCCCCCAGGGAGCUGAACAAGGCCUCACCCCAGCCUGACCCCAACGCCCCCAAUGUCUCCCGCUACAGUGUGCCACCAGGCCUCCACCCUGCCCCCAACCAGCUGGUCCCGAGUAUGCCAGAUGGAGUCCGUGUGACGUUCAGCAGACCCAGUCGACCUCCCAACAUUCCCUCUCCUCCACCACUCAUUCCAACCACCAAGCCCACGGACAAGCCAUCCUUUAUCCAAGGCGGCUCCAUCUCCCAGGGAACUCCUGGCACAUACCUGCCGUCCCAUGCUGUCUAUGGGCCAGAGGGGACUAAAAGCACUGUCGGCUCCAUCUCUCUGGGUCUUCCUCGACAGCAGGAUCCUAACAAGCCUGGAGCUGCAGUUUCAUCCAUACAGGAUGGCAGAGGAAACCCAGCAAAGGUGGGCGAGGGACUUGCUUUCAGAGGAUCAAUCACUCAGGGCACACCAGCCCUGCCCCAGUCUAGCAUUGCUGCUGACCUCCUGAAGGGCACAAUCACAAAACUGGCCACAGAGGACCUAAGCAAUCCAGACAAGUCCAGAGGAGAACAGCUGGCUAAAGGUCAUGUAAUCUAUGAAGGCAAGAGUGGUCACAUCCUCUCCUAUGAUGCUAUCAAGAACCCCAGGGAAAACACCCGCAGCCCUAGAACAGGCCAUGAGCUAAAACGCACUUACGACAUGAUGGAGGGACCCAUGGGCAGGGGUCACCCUGGCAGGGAAGGAGCUCCAUUCGAAGGGUUGAUUAGCAGAGCCUUGCCCAGAGAUGGUCUACAUGGAGAUUCUAAGGAAAGACCAUUGAUCACUGGGUCCAUCAUGCAAGGAACACCUAGAACUGCUGCAGAGACUUAUGAAGAGACCAUGAAAUAUGGAAAACCGAUAAAGCGAGAGAGCCCACCGAUCCGCACCUUCGAAGGGGGUAUUGGCAAGGGCAAGCCCUAUGAGGGAGUUAAUACUAUCAAAGAGAUGGGACGCUCCAUCCAUGAAAUCCCCCGACAAGAUCAGUCUGGCCAGGACAUCUGCAAGACCCCUGACCUGUCGGACAGAAGGGUUAUGGAGGGGUCUAUGUCUCAGAUCCACCCUCUCAACCAGCCUACUAUCAAGCACAAUGUCAAGUCCCUAAUAAGUCCCACUAAGCUUUCCCACAGCAUGCCCCAGCUCGAGGCAGUGCGCCACACUUCUGUGGUCAACUCCACCACUUCUGUCCUGCGCUCCACACACCAGGAGGCCAGCAAAUCCCAGCUUAGCCCGAGCAUGUAUGAGGACGCCUCUGCUCGCAGGACACCUGUAAACUACAGCACCAAUUCCGUGUCCAGAGGAUCACCCUUGCUGGGACGUGCUUCAGAGGGUGGUAUGAGCUCUGUGAAAUCUGCUGCCCAUGAAAGAAAGAGUGCCAUGACCCCGACACAGAGGGACAAUGUCCCAGCCAAGUCCCCAGUGUCGGGUGGUGACCCUGGUGCCUCUCACAGCCCCUUCGACCCCCACCACCGGCCCGUUGUUCCUGGGGAAGUGUACCGAGCCCACCUGCCUCCACAUCUCGACCCCACCAUGGCCUUCCACAGAGUGCUGGAUCCUGCGUUCAUGUUUCCCAGGCAGCCGUCCCCAACAGGCUACCACAACACCUACCAGCUGUACACCAUGGAGAACACACGGCAGACCAUCCUUAACGAUUAUAUCACUUCCCAGCAGAUGCAAGUCAUCCCUAGGCCUGACAUGGCCCGAGGCUUGUCACCACGGGAACAGCCUGUUGCUAUUCCUUACACUGCCGGAGCUCGAGGGAUUAUUGAUCUAGCCCAGAUGCCUCCAACUAUCCUGUUGCCUCACCCUGGGGGAACAGGUACUCCCACUUUGGAACGCAUGGCCUACCUCCCUGGAGCUCAGCCCCCUUUCCCUCCUAGGGCUUUCAACCCAACCUCCAUAUCGCCAGGCCACCAAGCUCACUUUGCUGCUGCCGCUGCUGCCAAUGCAGAGAGGGAACGGGAGAGGGAGCGUGACCGGGAGCAGCAGGAGAAAGAGAGAGAAAAGGAACGAGAAAGGGAGCACCGGGAGAGGGAACGGGAACGGGAACGGGAACGAGAACGGGAACGGGAACGAGAGCGGGAGAGGGAACGGGAAAUGCGAGAACGAGAGCGGGACCGGGAGCGAACCAAUGAAUAUAUCCGUGGUGGACCAGAGCAGCCAGGCCGGCCAGUGAGUCGAGGUUAUCUGCACUCCACUUCUCCCUUACUCAGGACGCAGGAUGUAGUUGUUCAACAGCGGCCAAGCAUCUUCCAGGGCAAAAGUGUCAUCACUUCUCUAAUGCCCCAUUCAGCAGCAGCGACAGCAGCAGCCCAGAGUAGUUCUCGCUACAGUACUGCAGCUGAUGCUCUGGCUGCUCUGGUGGACGCCGCUGCCUCUGCCCCACAGAUGGAUGUGGCCAAGGUGAAGGAAAGCAAACAUGAACGGGAUGACGACAUGUCCUCGUCGGCUGCACCUCGGCGAGCAGCCACCCUAUCCGAUCAGCAGCAGCAGCAGCAGCAGCAGCAGCAGCAGCAGGAGGCAGAGAGGCGAUCCAUGCAGUCACCAUAUGGUGCAAUGUCUCUGCCAGGGGGUAAGCCCCAUUCUGCUUAUUCUGAGGGCCCUGGGGUUAAGGAUAAGGGCCCUCAAACCUCAAAGUCACGCAUCGAAGAGGAGCUUCGGACUCGUGGAAAAACGACUAUCACAGCCGCUAACUUCAUUGAUGUCAUCAUCACACGGCAGAUAGCAUCGGACAAAGACUCACGGGAGCGAGGCUCUCAGAGCUCUGACUCCUCGAGCAGCUUGUCAUCCAGUCGGUACGACAACACUGGUGGAGGAGCCAUUGAGGUGAUCAGUCCUGCUAGUUCCCCAGUACAAUCACAACAGGACAAACCAGAAGAAGGACAACAACAGGCAGCAGCUGGCAUGCGGGCCUACGACAUGAGUCGUUACCGGCAACAAGGGGAGCCACCACAGGCCAGUCCCCAGCAGCCCCCCUCUUCCCAGGCUGACAGCUACUCCCAGGUCCCCAAGACUCACCGGGUCAUGACCUUGGCGGACCAUAUUUCGCAUAUCAUAACCCAGGACUUCGCCCGGAAUCAGGACCUUCCUCCAGUCUCCUCUUCAGCUUCGGCCACAUUCCAGAGCGUGGUGCCACCCGUGUCCUCUUCAGGGCGAGCCAAGGUUCCUAGCCGUUACAGUCCAGAGAAUCAGGUCCAGGCCCCACACCACCAGAGACCCUCCAGCAGAGUUUCUCCAGAAAAUGCUCCUGACAAGCCCAGAGCUAGGCCCGGUAAAUCUCCAGAUCGAGGCGGCAGGCAGAUGGAGAACUAUGAACCCAUCUCUCCACCACAGAACUACCAAGGCAUUGACAAACAGGAGGCUGGUGGGCCUCCACCCCAGAGGAGAGAGGCUGACAACUCAGAGAUCAGGAGUGACUCACGAUCCCCGGGGAGUGUCAGCUAUCUGCCUUCCUUCUUCACCAAGCUAGAGAGCACCUCGCAAAUGGUGCAAUCCAAGAAGCAGGAGAUCUUUCGUAAGUUGAACUCCACCUCUGGUGUCGGUGAUUCUGAUGUUGGAAACGCACAACCAGGCACAGAGAUUUUCAACUUGCCUGCUGUUACCAGCUCCAGCAGCAUCAACCCCAGGAAUCACUCCUUUAGUGACCCAGCCAGUAACCUGGGCCUGGAGGACAUCAUUCGCAAAGCAUUGAUGGGUAAUUUGGAGGAGAGACCGGAGGAGCACCACGGAGGGGCUCAGUGUGCCAUAAACAAUACAACCGGCACAGGUGGUGACGCCCGCCAGGAGGCCAACCCAUCACCCAGCAUGGGGAAGCAGAAGCAGGGCAAAGCCAACAGCCGGAAAUCGAAGUCUCCUAACUUGGGUCAGGCCUACUCUGGAGGAGAGCGUCCCUCUUCAGUGUCCUCUGUCCACUCCGAGGGAGAUUAUCACAGACAAGCCCAAGCCCAAGCCCAAUGGAGCUGGGACGACCGACCUUCAUCCGCAGGAUCCAUGCAGUUUCCUUACAACCCGCUGACCAUGCGCAUACUGAGCAACACGCCACCCACCUCCAUAGCUUCCCCCGCCAUACAGAGCCAGCAUCAGCAGCAUCAGCAGCAGCAGCAGCAGCAGCAGCAGCAACACCAACAACAACAACAACAACAACAGCAACAGCAGCAGCAGCAACAGCACAGCAGCAACAGCAGCAGCAGCAACAGCAGCAGCAGCAGCCACCUCCAGCUGGAGCCCCGGUGGGCCAGCAGCGCGUGUGGCAGUCUCUGCUGUCAGAGCAAUAUGAGACCCUGUCUGACAGUGAUGACUGAGCCCUGCUCGCUAGAGCCAUGACUAGAAGAGAGGCCUGCACUAAGGCUUGUCUGUUCACCCCCCUCCUAGAACUAACCUUGCUCACUGGCGAGUGUGACAAGUAGAUGGGGUGGUGUCCUUUUUAUUUUUGGUGCUAUGGCGCCCCCUGGCUGUUAGCUGAGAAUACAAGCAGCAGCCUGUGACAGGCAGGGCUCUUCAGCAGAACAAGACUAGUUUUUGGUCCGGAAGCACUCACCCAGCCUGUCGGGGAAAUAAACAAAACUCGACUGAGGGGAUGACAUGAGCUAUAGUGAAGAUGAAGAACUUAAUAUGUAAAAAGAAACAACAUAAGAGACUAUUUCUGAAUUUUGUUUGAUUUCUGUAAAGAUAUACCUUGUCUUUAAGAAAAUCAUUGUAUGUAAAUAGAGUAACCUUUUGCAGUGUUUUUCUUAACUUGAUUAUUUCUUAUUUUAAUGUCGCUUUUAAAUUGAUCCACUUUAAAUGGGAAGAGUAGGGGUGUAAUCUUUAAUAUCACAGUUGGUCUCUCCCAGUCGACCCCCACCCCACGUCACCUGACACCCACUCUAAUAUUUUUACCAUAGCGACGCUAAGAGAGACCAAACCUUUUGGUUUGUACUUGACCAUGAGUGGAACACAAAGAUUGUGCCACCCUGCACGCCAUCCACCAAGCACCACCAGAGCCUGAACACCGUGGACAUUCGAGGAUGAAACAGACUAACAUUUCAAACAGCAUUGAUAUUUGAUGCCCGUCUUUGCCACAUAGUGGAGAUGAUGCAUGGAUUGUAACUAUCAGAUGGUAGAGGUAACUUCUCAUCCCGUUAUAGACAGAGAAAUGUCUUCAAAACAAGUUGAGAACACUGGUGUCAUAACAGAAAGGUGAAUAGUCUGAUAUAAGCUUCAUUUUGCCGGAAAAGAUAUCCUUAUGACUACUUCUGGACCCCGUCUGAAUAAUGAGAGUGAGCCAAUUUUAUUUUAUUUUUAUUUUUUUCAAUAGAGCCAUGGUGUGUCACAUGUAGCUGUCUCUCUCUGCAGUUUCCAACCUGUCCAGAAUGAUCUGCUCUGCAACGUUGUCAUGGUAAAAAAAAAAAGUAUGUCAGGUUUUGCCAUGCCUUGUGACUUGAGAAAGAAGGCAGCUUUAACUAAUUUUCUCAGAGAUAUACGUUGAUGUUUGAUGUUUGUAUUUGUUUCUGUAGUCCCUUUUUUUUUCUUCACCUUUUUUUUUUUUUUUUGAUACUGUCCUGACAAAAAUCUGAACUCUGUAAAUUGUCUUUCCAUUACACAAAAAGACAAAACUAACCAAACAUAAAGAAUGGUCUGCACCAUUGUUGCACUUUUUUGCUUCGUAGCUUUUGACAAAAAAAAAGCAUACUACCUGCUGUGUAACUUAUUCAACCUCCAGCACAGGAGUAUACUAAGAUGUGCUUUAAGUUUUUCCCACCACUCACAGAAUUCUGGAUGUUUUGACUUCCUGUCUUUUCUUGUAGCUGGUACAUGAUUUUUGUAGUGUGGCAUCACAGUUACAGUUUCAAGUGUAUGGUACCGUUAAAUGUUUAGGACUUUGCUGUCAUGGUGAAUCAAAACCGUGACCACUUAAUCUCUGCUUUCAUUGUGUCAAUCAACUGGCAUACAGCUUUGAAUAUGAAAUAUACUAGGUCAACUUCAUAAACGGCAGUAACGUUCCUUUGCAAGUCUUUAUUUUUUUUUUUUUUAGAUAUAUGGAAAAAAUACCAUAUUUUGGCUUUUUCAGUUUUCACUUUGCUCAGUUAACAAAUCCAUUCUGCUCUAAACUUGAUAUUUCCUUUGUUCCUUUCAUAUUGAUUUUGAAUCAUUUGUCAUAGCACAUGUUCAGAUUUUUAUUUUGUCAUUUUCAACAUCUUUGUUAUUCAUCCUGUUUAAAUGGGAUGUUAUGUGUUUACAAAGGCAAUGACAAAAAAAAGUUUACAAACUUGAAUCUUAAUGAAAUCCGACAUGAAGCCGAAAAAGAAUUAGAGCAUCUUUUCAGCUCUCUAUCAAACACAGAGUGGUGACUUUUUUUUGUCUUUUUGAAAUUGAGACUUGAAAACCCGUGUAUCCUAUGAUGUUGAAAUGCAAUGUUUGUAUCGCACAAUGUCUCUUAGUAGGCUAUUACAAGAGUUCAGACCAAUCAAAUAAAGUGGUUCAGUUCUCCACCACUAAAAA